AUGGGGGAAACCAACACAUUUUCAGUUGUUCACGAAACCUCGCCCCUAAUGCCUGCCAGGCAGGAGGACGGGGUCUCAGCCAGGGACUAUGCCGGUGUCCCAGUGGAACGUGUCGACGAGUCUUCUAAGAGCAGCUGGUAUUUGUUCUUGCUUACGGUCUCGAUUGGAGGUCUUCAAGUCGUUUGGUCGGUGGAACUGUCCAAUGGAUCGCCCUUCUUACUUUCCUUGGGCAUGAGCAAGGCUCUCCUUGCUGUUGUCUGGAUUGCGGGUCCCUUAACCGGUACGCUUGUUCAACCGUAUAUCGGCAUUCGAAGUGAUAAUUGUCGGAUACCAUGGGGCAAGAGGAAACCUUUUAUGGUGGCUGGAGGUGCAGCUACGGUUGUCACGUUGCUUUUGCUGGCGUGGGUGAAGGAUAUUGUGGGCGGGUUCUUAUCUCUCUUUGGUGUGGAUCCAUUGUCGAGUGGAUCGAAGACGACGAUUAUGAUUUUGGCGACGAUCAUAAUGUUUUCUCUUGAUUUUGCGAUUAAUACUGUCCAAGCUGGCAUUCGGGCAUUCAUCCUUGAUAACUGCCCUACUCACCAACAAGAGCUCGCAAAUGCCUGGGCAAGUCGAUGGACAGGUGUGGGUAACAUUAUUGGGUAUAUCUUUGGAUACAUGGAUUUGCCUAAAUAUUUCCCUUUUCUGGGAAACACUCAGUUCAAGGUGCUUUGUUCGUUUGCCUCAUUCUCGCUGAGCGUGACAUUAAUCGCCAGCUGUUGGUAUAUCAGAGAGCGCGAUCCACGUCUCGAUGGUCCGCCAAAAUCGGAUGGCCUUGGAGUUAUUGAAUUCUUCAAACAGACAUUCAAGUCCAUUCGGACUCUUCCGCCUCAAAUCGCACGAGUAUGCGAGGUACAGAUAGCCGCUUGGGUGGGCUGGUUCCCAUUCUUGUUCUACUCUACCACAUACAUCGGACAGCUCUAUGUUAAUCCGAUUUUCCAAGAAAACCCAAACCUUCCAGAGGAUCAGAUUAACAAGGCAUGGGAAGAUGCCACGCGUGUUGGAACAUUAGCCCUGCUCAUUUACGCCGUUAUCUCAUUCACAGCCAAUACAGUCCUUCCGAUAUUUGUUGUUCCUACCUAUCAACACGCUGUUGAGGGCAUCGCAGAUCACGACGAACGAGAUACAUCUCUUGAUGAGGAACCAAGUGAGCGUCCUCGCAGGUUGUCAAUUUCCGCUAUGCCAACGGGUAUUGCAUCCGAGCCCCUUCUAGACGCUACCCCAGGGAAAGGUAUCAACGAAGAUAAGCCGGCCUGGCUUUCGCGCCUACAAAUCCCAGGACUAACACUCCGACGCACCUGGCUCCUCUCACACGUCUUAUUCGCGAUUUGCACAUUUAGCACAUUUUUCAUCUCCUCCUACCAAGUUGGCUCCAUCGCCAUUGGACUCAUCGGCAUUUCAUGGGCUGUGACUCUGUGGGCUCCAUUCGCCCUGAUCUCAGCAGAAGUCUCCCGCAUUGAUCUUGAGCGACGACUCCGUCGCCAGCAAGCUACUACCAGCGGAGCUCCAGUAUCUCACCCAGGACCUCGCAGCACAAAUAACUCCUAUGCACCCGUCUUCAGCGAAGAGCAGGACGAGAAUCGUGACUCUCUCGACGAUGAUCUGGAAGAAGGUCGCUCCAAAGCCUCUGCUGAGGAACCAGAGGAAAAUCUAGUCCAGGCCGGAAUCAUCUUGGGUCUUCAUAAUGUGGCUGUUUCUUUCCCGCAGAUCUUCUCGAGUCUGAUUUGUAGUGCUGUCUUUAAGGCGGCUCAGAAACCGCGUGGUGAACCUUGGGAUGAUAGUGUGGGAUGGGUUCUCCGGUUUGGUGGGUGUGCGGCUUUGGUAGCAGCUUUGCUCACCAAGCGAUUAGCUAAGUGA